CUCCUCCAGUCAUAUAACUGUAACACCAGCUACAUGGAUGGCAGACUGUACCACCUGCCGUUUGGAGACUCCAGUGUGUCUCUGAACGGCACCCUGCAGAGUGGCAAGAGCCAGCAGAGCUACGUCCCUUUUGUCCUUAGGGAUGAUGGUGGCCUGAAUAACAGCCAGGCACACAUCGCUCUGAAUGAACACGGCUCACUCUUCCAUGAAACUAAAGAGCAUUUAGAUAAUCCCAACUCUGACUCGGACAGUGACCUGUCUGUGGAGGACGACCAGAGCGGCUCAUACGCCUCCACACACUCCUCUGACAGCGAGGAGGAGGAGCCCUACCCACCAGAGGAAUGCUGGGAAAGCAUGGCCUCCAACGUGUCCAAGAGACCACACCUUCACGAUAACAACCUGAGUAAGCUGUACUGGCCAGUGGAGUAUAUGACGACAGCCAGCAACAGUGAGGGCCUCGGGGGAGCAGACAGGCUGAAGACAGAGUCUCUGGCCAACACUGAGUUGGGCCAGACUCGGGACACCCGAGGCAUGCCAAGUGAAAGGCCAGGGGACAAGGCAGGUAGCUAUGGGAAGGAUAACUUGAUGCUGCUACUUCCCAGUCUGCCCAACCUCAAUGCACACCCACAGAAAGGAAUCCUGAAGAAGAAGCAGCUCUCCCCCAUCGCGGAGAGAAAUGGUAUCAACCGCAUCCAUAACGAGCUGUCAAAGAACGCUCCGGGCCACGCCUCCUCUCAGGGCUCCUCCUCCAGUGAGAGCCGAGGAGGCCGGGCCAAGCCCAGCCUACAAGAUCAGCUGAAUGGUGUCGGCAUGAGCAUCAAUGCGGGAACAGUGGACGGUGACUCAUCAGGAUCAGACUGCCGUAACACAUAUGAGCAGGCUGACGGAGGGGUGUGUCUUUGCAGGUCAUAGAGCCCAGCCCCUCAUCGCCACGCCCACUUUUCUCUGAGUGACAGGAGCUGAUGUGUGAGGAGACACAGAGCGUUGGACUGUCCUCACCUGGAGAUCCAUGGAGUACCCUCUCUCUUCCCCCUCAUUUUUUAAGAGGGUGCGUGUGUGUGUGCGAGCGAGCACGAGAGAGAGAGAGAGAGAGAGACACACCUCAGGAGUCUCUGCACUGGCCCAGGCUUGAGAGCACUGAUGGAAUGAGUCUCCCUCUUUAAAAAAAUAUAUAUCAUUGUUUGUUUACAUACUUGAAUCGAUGCACUUUUUAAAUAAUUUACACUGCCUGACCAGAUGUGCUGGUAGUCAACUGGAGCAGAUGUUUCGUUUUAUGUUGUGGUUGUUUUUAUGUUUCAAACUCCGGAGAUACGGAACAAUAAAGUCCUCCUUUGGCUGUGUCGUUUAGCUGUCAGAUUUUAAACUUUCAGGGAAAUUUCUUAUCUAAUUUGUAAUUUCAGAAAGGGUCGCCUGUACAGUUGUUUUGUUUGAGGAUUUAAUUGUUCUACUGAGGGCUGAGGCCAGUUUGAGUUUUGCUGCAGUGUAGAGAGGACUCUUCUCCACUCCAGUCUCAGGAAGCUGCCAGCCUGAGCAGUCAGUCCAACAUGUCCCCAGACUGAACAGGAGAGAGGGACAGCGAGAUGAACAGCUCCACCCAGCUGAGGUCAGGCACUGGAGGAAAGGGACUCCUGUUGGAAGUGUGGCUGGAUAACUGAGUUGUUGACAGUGAGAGGCCAUGGGGUCACUCGGUAUUACCAUGCUCCGUAUUGGACGCGCUCUGUAAACAGUUUCUCUCACUAUUGAAGGAUGUUUAAUCAAGGCAACAGUGACCUGCCAGCUGUCAUCCACAUAGAGGGAGAACGCCUGCCUUUCUCCACCACUUCGCCUUUGUUUUAUUACAUCAUCAUUGGAGGAAAAGAGUGUGCGUGUCAAGAAUUUGUAUAACAAGGACUUUUGAUACAUCUGGACUUUUGUAAAUUGUUGGGAGCAAAUUUUUGUAUGGACACUGAAGAUGCUCCCAUUUUUGUAUAUAUUUGCCUUCAUUUGAAUCAGUGACUAAAUGACUUUGUAUUUUAUAGAUUAGAUAUGAAGGACCCAUUGUUUUGUAAAAUACUUACAAACUUGUGCUGUAAUACUCUUUGAAAUGUAUUCCAAUUUUACUGUACAAUGACAUACACUAAUACUUCAUGCAACAUAUUGAAUCAUACUGCAUAAACUGGACACACCUCAGAGUCAGUGCUCAAAUACACCACUACAUUCCAACUAUUGAAAAGCAGUUCAGGCAAUGUAUUGAUGUGUAGGAAAGAAAACAACCUGUUAUUUCUCUUGCAUAUUACUUGUUUUGAUGUGUAAACUGUAGAUGUUUUUAUCUGCCUUAAAAGGUCUUAACAUUACUCUACAAGCACCAACACACAGCCUUCAUCGGAAUCAUGUUUUAUUGGAAGAUUUAAUAACACUACAGUUCCUGAGAGGAUUGUCUGUUUGCACUGGUGCUCCCUAAAAUGAAAUGAACAGACAUCUGAGAGCAUUCUCCAUGAUACAGUACCUCAACAAUAUGUGUCAAGGUUUGCCAAUUGUUUCUUGAAAAUGUUUGCCUUUUUUUUUUU